CCUUACCAAAUUAGAUUUUCGGUUUUCUCACUGGUGACAGACUGCUCAAAUGCAAAACGUAGUAAACCAUAUUAAUAAGAAGACGACACAAUGGAAUUGGCUUCGGGUUUAAUGAAGAGGAACAACAUUGCAUUAUUAUGUAUCAAAAGAUGGUUUCUUUUUUUAGAAAACCUGGUGAAAAUGCAGCUUCUCUUUGUUUCGUGCCUAUUAUUCUGGUGUUUUCUCGACCAUGGAGCAUCUGGUGUUGAUAUUGAUGAAGUGUCAGCGAUGGAGGGAGAUUCAGUCACUCUACACACUGAUGUUAAGACAAACCAACAAGAGAGAAUCAGAUGGUAUUUUAAUGACAUUCGCAUCGCUCAAAUUACUGGAGAUCUCCGUAAGAUCUGUAGAGAUGUUGAGUGUAAUAAUGGCACUGAGAGAUUCAGAGACAGACUGAAGCUGGAUCAUCAGACUGGAUCUCUGACCAUCACAAACAUCACAAACACAGACUCUGGAGAAUAUAAACUCCUGAUAAGCAGCAGCAGCAGCGACAGUGAAAAGAUCUUUAGUGUUACUGUUCAUGGUGUUUCUGCUGCUCAACGAGAUAAAAUGAAGAGAAAGUCAGUGAAAGAGGGAGAAUCUGUCACUUUAGAUUCUGAUGCAGUAGAAAACCCAAAUUAUUUUAAGGUUUGGUAUUUUAAUGAUACUCGCAUCGCUGCAAUCAGUGGAGAUCUCCGUAAGAUCUGUACAGAUGUUCAGUGUAAUAAUGGCACUGAGAGAUUCAGAGACAGACUGAAGCUGGACAAUCAGACUGGAUCUCUGACCAUCACAAACAUCACAAACACAGACUCUGGAGUUUAUGAACUACAGAUCAGCAGCAGCAGAUUCAGCAUCAUAAAGACAUACAGUGUUAGCGUCACUGCUGUUUCAGGUUCAUCUGGUGCUGUAGCUGCUGUUGUUGUUUCUGUUCUGCUGGUUGCAGUUGCUUGUGUCAUCUGCUGUUACUGCUGGAGCUCUAAUCAAGCAAGACAAAAUGGUAAAGGGAGACAGCGCAAUGAUCAUGAACUGGUUUUGGAAUCAUCAGCAGGGAAAUCUCCGAACAAGCAGUGGUGUGUCCUUCCAGAGAAACCUGCAAGCACGCAGGAGCGUUUUGUUCCAGAGAAACCCGCGAUCAAGCAGGACCCUUUAGAUCCAGAGAAAGCCGCGAUCAAGCAGGAGCAUUUAGAUCCAGAGAAACCCGCGAUCAAGCAGGAGCCUUUAAAUCCAGAGAAACCCGCGAUCAAGCGGGAGCCUUUAGAUCCAGAGAAACCCGCGAUCAAGCAGGACCCUUUAGAUCCAGAGAAACCCGCGAUCAAGCAGGAGCAUUUAGAUCCAGAGAAACCCGCGAUCAAGCAGGAGCAUUUAGAUCCAGAGAAACCCGCGAUCAAGCAGGAGCCUUUAGAUCCAGAGAAACCCGCGAUCAAGCAGGAGCCUUUAGAUCCAGAGAAACCCGCGAUCAAGCAGGAGCCUUUAGAUCCAGAGAAACCCGCGAUCAAGCAGGAGCAUUUAGAUCCAGAGAAACCCGCGAUCACGCAGGAGCAUUUAGAUCCUGAGAAACCCGCGAUCAAGCAGGAGCAUUUAGAUCCAGAGAAACCUGUGAUCAAGCAGGAGCAUUUAGAUCCAGAGAAACCCGCGAUCAAGCAGGAGCCUUUAGAUCCAGAGAAAGCCGCGAUCAAGCAGGAGCCUUUAGAUCCAGAGAAAGCCGCGAUCAAGCAGGAGCCUUUAGAUCCAGAGAAACAUGUGAUCAAGCAGGAGCAUUUAGAUCCAGAGAAACCUGUGAUCAAGCAGGAGCCUUUAGAUCCAGAGAAACCCGCGAUCAAGCAGAAGCCUUUCGUGCCAGAGAAACCCGCGAUCAAGCAGGAGCAUUUAGAUCCAGAGAAACCCACGAUCAAGCAGGAGCAUUUAGAUCCAGAGAAACCCGCGAUCAAGCAGAAGCCUUUCAUGCCAGAGAAACCCGCGAUCAAGCAGGAGCAUUUAGAUCCAGAGAAACCCACGAUCAAGCAGGAGCAUUUAGAUCCAGAGAAACCCGCAAUCACGCAGGAGCAUUUAGAUCCAGAGAAACCCGCGAUCAAGCAGGAGCAUUUAGAUCCAGAGAAACCUGCAAUCACGCAGGAGCAUUUAGAUCCAGAGAAACCCGCAAUCACGCAGGAGCAUUUAGAUCCAGAGAAACCCGCAAUCACGCAGGAGCAUUUAGAUCCGGAGAAACCCACGAUCAAGCAGGAGCCUUUAGAUCCAGAGAAACCCGCAAUCACGCAGGAGCAUUUAGAUCCGGAGAAACCCACGAUCAAGCAGGAGCCUUUAGAUCCAGAGAAACCCGCAAUCACGCAGGAGCAUUUAGAUCCAGAGAAACCCGCAAUCACGCAGGAGCAUUUAGAUCCAGAGAAACCCGCGAUCAAGCAGGAGCAUUUAGAUCCAGAGAAACCCGCGAUCAAGCAGGAGCCUUUAGAUCCAGAGAAACCCGCAAUCACGCAGGAGCAUUUAGAUCCAGAGAAACCCGCAAUCACGCAGGAGCAUUUAGAUCCAGAGAAACCCGCAAUCACGCAGGAGCAUUUAGAUCCGGAGAAACCUACGAUCAAGCAGGAGCCUUUAGAUCCAGAGAAACCCGCGAUCACGCAGGAGCAUUUAGAUCCAGAGAAACCCGCGAUCACGCAGGAGCAUUUAGAUCCAGAGAAACCCGCGAUCAAGCAGGAGCAUUUAGAUCCAGAGAAAGCCGCGAUCAAGCAGGAGCAUUUAGAUCCAGAGAAACCCGCGAUCAAGCAGGAGCCUUUAGAUCCAGAGAAACCCGCGAUCACGCAGGAGCAUUUAGAUCCAGAGAAACACGCGAUCAAGCAGGAGCAUUUAGAUCCAGAGAAACCCGCGAUCACGCAGGAGCCUUUAGAUCCAGAGAAACCCGCGAUCAAGCAGGAGCAUUUAGAUCCAGAGAAACCCGCGAUCAAGCAGGAGCCUUUAGAUCCAGAGAAACCCGCGAUCACGCAGGAGCAUUUAGAUCCAGAGAAACACGCGAUCAAGCAGGAGCCUUUAGAUCCAGAGAAACCCGCGAUCACGCAGGAGCAUUUAGAUCCAGAGAAACACGCGAUCAAGCAGGAGCAUUUAGAUCCAGAGAAACACGCAAGCAUGCAGAAGGGUGACGAAGAGUAAUCUGCGAAGAUGCAGAGGGGUGAAGCUUUCGUUCGUUAUCUGGCUUAGCUCUGUGAUGUCGGAUGAUUCGUUUGCGAACCGGAUAUCACAAACUGCCUUGUUUUGAACUCUCUCUCACAACAGACACAGAAGAGAAGACAAUGAUGAAUAAAGUCAUAGUUUUUGCUUUUUUUGGACCAAAAUGUACUUUCAAUGCUUCGAAAAAUUCUAACCUAGCCUCUGAUGUCACAUGGACUACUUUGAAGAUGAUGUUACCUUUCUGGACAUGGACAGUAGACCGUACACACAGUUUCAAUGGAGGGACUGAGAGCUCUCGGACUAAAUCUAAAAUAUCUUAAACUGUGUUCUUAAGAUAAAUGGGGGUCUCACUGGUUUGGAACGACAUAAGGGUGAGUUAUUAAUUACAUAGUUUUGAUUAUUGGGUGAACUAACCCUUUAAUACAGGCACACGACUGGCUGUAAUUUAUGUCAACAGUUUAAACCUCAUACCUUGUUCACAUUCCUUUUGAAGCACAUUGAGGUUAAGGCAUCAGUUUCUGGAGCAUUUUGUGAAAAAUCCUACAAUAAAAGACAUAAGUGCAAGACACAUUUGUGUGACAUUCAAAUGUGUGCCAUAAAACAAAAAGAAUAAAAAUAACAAACCUCAGUAAUGGCUUCAGAACAGGCAGAGAGGGUCUCUUCAUAAUUUGCUUCACCCUAAUAAAUAAAAUAGGCAAACUUAAGCAUAACUGUUGUGUAGUAUAUUCACCGUAUUAUGUCUGCUGUAUGCUCACCUCUGUGUGGAUGACUUUGUGAACAUGUGCUGGCUUCAACAGGGACACAGCAUUACCCUCUAUUGCAGAACAUACAGUCAGCCACGUGUAAAACUUCUAAGAUGUAGUAAUGCAUUCCACACAUUCCCAGUGUCACUUGCUUAGAGGAGCCAGCACCAGGGUCAGAUUCUACAGCACCUGAAUAUAAUAAGAGAUUAUGCUAAAUUCUCACCACUUUGAAUUAUAUUUUUAUUUUUUGUCUUUAUCUGCUGCCAAGAACGUUUGUAAUAGGUGUUGUGUUAUGUUGGGGAUCAGUAAAAUAAAGAAGCAGAAAACAAGUA